AUGGGUCACGAACACUCCAAAUUGCCGUCGUCGUCGUCGGCGGCGGAAUCGGAAACAAAAGGAUCGCGUCUUGAUCGAUUCAAGCACCGUCUUCACUUUCGCCGCAAAACUGCUUCUGCUGGUAACGCUCAUUCCUCCACUCAAAAACUCCUCUCCGCCAACAACUUCACCGGAAUCGCUCUCUUCGCCCUCCUCCGCGCGGAGAUGCACUUCAAGGAUAAAUGGAUCGCGUGUCUUUCACUGGGAGAACAAACUUUUCGUACCAAGUGUUCUCAAAAUACAGAUAAACCGGUUUGGAAUUCUGAAAAGAAACUUUUGUUGGAACAGAAUGGGCCUCAUAUUGCAAGAGUUUCUAUCUUUGAGACCAACAAACUGUCCAGCAAUACUCUUGUUGGAUACUUGGAGAUUGAUCUGCUUGAGUUUCUGACCAAGGAUUCUGAUUCGGACAUUGAAAUAUUCAACGUUUUGGAUCCAUCAGACCCUGGAAAAGUGGUUGGCAACAUCACCAUUUCAUGCUCUGUAGAGGAUCCAAUUGAAACAGAAAAAGGCUUUGUUAGACGCAUUUUAUCCAUCGUGGACUACAAUGAAGAUGGGAUGCUUUCGUUUUCUGAAUUUUCUGAUCUGAUUGAUGCUUUUGGCAAUCAAUUAGCAACCGGCAAGAAAGAGGAGCUGUUCAAAGCAGCUGACAAGAAUGGAGAUGAUGCUGUGAGCAUGGAUGAACUGGCUUCUCUUCUUGCUUUUCAACAAGAAAACAGGCAGCCACUGUUGAAUUGCUGCCCUGUUUGUGGUGAGGUUCUUCAGAUUUCUGAUCCGUUGAACAGCAUGAUCCACUUAACUCUUUGUUUUGACGAAGGGACGGGAAACCAGGUGAUGGCUGGAGGAUUCUUGACAGAUAAGCAGGCUUCAUAUGGCUGGUUCUUCAAGUUGAGUGAGUGGGCCCAUUUCUCAUCCUAUGAUGUCGGUAUUCGAUCUGGAUCAAGUUCUUCCCAUAUUCUGGUAUAUGAUCGGAAGUCUCAAAGGCUUGUCGAAGAACAGAUUGAUAAAAAGAUUGUUUUGUCAAUGAGGGCUAUUUAUCAGUCAAAAAUAGGUCUUGGUCUAAUGGACAUAGGGGUGAAGGAGCUCCUGCAAAGCAUUUCUGAAAAGCAAGGAGCAAAAAUGGAUUCCCUUGAAUCUGCUGCUGAUAUACCGAAAUUCAUUGAAUCUUAUAAGGGUCAAAUCAAUUUGGCUGAAGUCAAGUAUCCACUGGAACACUUUAAGACAUUCAAUGAAUUUUUCAUUAGAGAGUUAAAGCCUGGUUCAAGACCAAUUGCUUCUGCUGAACACGACAACAUUGCUGUAUGUGCGGCCGAUUGUCGUCUAAUGGCAUUUCCAUCAGUUGAUGAUAGUACAAGAUUUUGGAUUAAGGGUCGAAAGUUUUCAGUUCAAGGCCUUCUGGGGAAAGAAUUGUGUUCCAGUGCUUUUGUUGAUGGAACACUUGUGAUUUUCCGUCUGGCACCACAGGAUUAUCACCGUUUCCAUUUGCCAGUGUCAGGAAUUGUUGAGCAGUUUGUUAAUAUCCCUGGAUGCCUGUUUACUGUCAAUCCCAUUGCUGUAAAUAGCAAAUACUGUAAUGUCUUCACAGAGAAUAAACGAGUCGUUUCAAUAAUUGAAACUGUAGAUUUUGGAAAGGUGGCAUUUGUUGCAAUAGGAGCUACAAUGGUUGGUAGCAUUACUUUCACAAAGACACAUGGCGACUAUGUCAAGAAGGGAGAUGAGUUUGGAUAUUUCUCUUUUGGUGGAAGCACUGUAAUUUGUGUUUUUGAAAAGGAUUCAAUUGCAAUUGAUGAAGACCUUCUAUCAAAUAGCGCCAGAUCACUGGAGACUUUGGUUACUAUGGGGAUGAGAUUGGGUGUCUCCACGAGGAAUCUGUCUUGA